AUGAAUGGCACUCCCCGACUUCGUUCUGCCUUUCCCCAAACUCCGCAGGCACAACGAGGACGCAAUGGUUCACCUCAAAUCCCCAAACUGAAGGAUGCGAACAUGGGGGGCACCCAGGCACCCCAGGAGAAUGGAGCGGGCGGCCCUCUUAUUCCUCUUCGAAUAGUCGACGCGCCUUCGCAGCGCUUGUAUGUUUCUGCAAUCUAUAUCGCGCUGGGGGCAUGGCGGAUAUACGAUUCUCUGGGCGCCUUCGAUGAACUUGAUUCGACGUGGCUGUUUUUGAAGUGGAAUUUUAUUGACGGCAUUUUCUUGUUCGGCAUCCAAGCUUUGAGGAUACCUUGGUUAGAAUGGACAUUUCCAACCUUUCUUACGAUAUUUUUGCUGCAUGCAGCAACUAAUGUGUUUCUAAUGUUUCGUAUUCCAUUACCUGUUGGAGCCUGGGCAACCGUUCUGUUCAAGUCUUUUUACGAUCGCGAAUUAUCUAUCUCGGAGCGCAGCGUAAAGCCAGGCGACAUUAUCCAUAAUGCCUCGUUGAUCUUGGGCAAACAGAUUAUACAUAUUCUUCCUGAAGGGUCUGCCGUUUUGAACCCCGAACAUAUACCCUUGUGUCUCGGCACGCAGCAGCAGUCUGUUUCUCUUCCAGUCCGCAUCAACCAGUCUACACCAAUUCUCAUCGAAAUCUUACACUUCGACUUGAACACUGGCAAAAACGACACCAUCGCUUUCUCGAACAAACAAUUGAAACAGUUGCGCAAGAAACAGCCUGCAUCUACAACAGGCGGUGAUCUGCAACUUCCAGUGAAGAAGCCCGGGAUUUACCGCCUGAGCCGAGUUGUAGACGAGUCAAACUUGGAGGUACAAACCAAGGUAUCUGACGCAUUGGUUCCUGUCUGUCCCAAGGCAAGCCCUAUAAACACCCAGACCGACCGAUGUAAAGGAGACCUAUCGGAUAUUGUUCUUGAGGUAGAGGGGGCCCCUCCUCUCAAAAUCAAGUAUGUUCGCAAGGUCAAUGGGCUCGACGGCGGAUUUUCGUUCCAGAACAUACACUCUGAGGGUAGCGCGUCAUUGGCACCUAACCGGAAACUUUCUGGGCUCCUCAUUGACCCUGAAGUGCCAAUUCCAGCUUGGGCGCAGAGUCAGAAAUUGCAGAUUCCAUUGAACGAGUCUUUGAAUAAUGGGGGCCAGUGGGUUUACGCCAUCGAGGAGGUCCACGAUGCAUACGGCAAUAUUGCGAACUAUUCGAGUCUUUAUGAUGAUGCUGAUAGCUCAUCAGGCAAAGGGCUUUUGCAGUCGCACCAGCUUUCUGUCCACGAGCGACCCCGUCUUUCUUUGCUUGGUUGCAAUGCUCAGAAUUUCCUCCAGGUCGCAAAAGGGGACUCCACAGAGCUACCCCUUCAUUUCCACUCCACUGGAAGAGACUACAGUGGUGAUACACCCCUUCAGAUAACCUACUCACACUCCAAUGCCGAUGAACCCGAACAAACCGGCGGACUCUUGAAGCCAAACCAACUGUCAUUAAAGAGUUUAGACCACCGACCGAGAAUCAAAGAACCGGGAUGGUACUCCAUUGACUCCGUGUCGAGUCGUUACUGUGCAGGAGAGAUUCUGGAGCCAUCUAGUUGUCUACUCUACAACCCUCCUGAACCGGAACUGGCUGUCCGCUACGAGAAGAUCUUUGACAAGUGUGCCAAUAACUCCGUGGGUCUUCUGGUCGAUCUAGACCUAGUUGGCACUCCGCCGUUUACCUUGCGGUAUAAUAUUGAGAGUGGCAAAGGCGUGAAGCCUCGCAGUAUUCGGGUGGAUGGGCUUCGGGGAAGCUUGGAUCUCACUCCGACUGAAGCGGGAAAGUAUCGCUAUCGAUUCAUAGAUAUUUCCGAUAGUGUAUAUGCUGCUCGAUCCUUAAAAGACAGAGCUCCUGUAUUGGAGCAAGACGUGAAGCCCCCGGCAUCGGCACAUUUCUUGCGCUCACAAAAGUUAGAGCGGAGUUGCUACGGAGAAUCGGUUUCUGUGGAUGUAUCUUUCGUCGGCGAAUCUCCUUGGACACUGCAAUAUGAGCUUACCCACAAUGGCAAGAAAGUCAAACAUGAGCUGCAAAGCCAUGGAACAGUAGCCUCAAUUACUACUGGACCAUUACUGAGUGGUGGUGAGCAUGUGCUUUCAUUGAAUAGUGUGACCGAUCGGUCGGGCUGCAAACGAGCUCUGAAAGAUGGCUUCACUAUUCAAGUUCGCCCUAAGAAGCCAUCUGCUGGGUUUGGUCUAAUCGAUGAAAAGAGGUCUGUCCUUGCUCUUGAAAAUUCAGUAGUCAAGCUGCCUCUCAGGUUGAGCGGAACGCCGCCAUGGGUGGUCAAGUACCGCAAUAUGGACGUGAACUCAGCAAAAGUUGUGGAAACUCGAGUAUGGGACGAGAACGGGCUCGUUUCUAUCUCUGAUAACGGCCGCUAUGAGCUUGUGGAGGUCUUUGAUACGACUUGUCCGGGAACCAUUGAUCAAUCAGCGAGCGUCUUUGAAGUUGACUGGCUUCCACGACCUACAGUCUCCGUGUCGGGGCGCACCGGAAUUGGAGAGGACAACAUGAAACGCAGUGUUUGCCAGGGUGACGACGAUAUCGUGGAACUCAAACUAGUGGGCAGACCCCCUUUUAACGUCAAAUACCAGCAUCGCCAGAGCCGUGCUCAUGGGGCUCUUGAAGUUAAAGUACAUAGUCUCAAGAGUGCUUCCAGCGUCGCGUCAUUGGUUCUGGAUACGAAAAAACCCGGAGAUCAUCAAUACGAAAUCACCGAUGUCUCAGACAGUCUUUAUGAUUUCAACCCGAAGAGAGGCUACUCCGUCAAAGUUGCUCAAACGGUGAAUGCGCUGCCCUCUGCCCGCUUUGAAGCCCCAGGUCACAUCUACGCAUUCUGCAAGGAGGAUAGUGAGGGCGAUGAGCUCAUUCCAAUCGUACUCGAGGGCCAACCGCCAUUCUUCCUUGACAUAUCCAUCAAGCAUCAUUCGAGCUCCAAGCCCGAAGUCGUACGUGUUGGUCCUAUUCCAACCAACAAGCAUAAGCUUCCGAUACCCCGUCGCCAUUUGGAGCUUGGCCAGCAUGUGGUUAGCAUCAACCGCGUUGGAGAUUCUCGCGGAUGCCAGCGCGCGCUCGAUCGUGACUCCUCUUCCGUCCGAGUCGCCGUAUCAGACGUUCCAACGAUUAUACCUCUUGAGUCCCAAACCGACUACUGUGUUGGAGAGCGCAUUUCCUUCUCACUGUCCGGACACGCGCCCUUUGAAGUAUUCUAUACGUUUGAAGGUGUCGAGAAAAGAGCACUCUCGCCAUCCACUACCUUCCGGCGUAUUGCUGAAAGACCUGGCCAAUUCACCAUCAAUGCCGUGAGUGACGGCGCCAGCGGUCGCUGUCAAGCCCGCAAGAACAUAGGCAAGACGAUCCACGAAAUGCCCAGUGUCAAGAUCAGCAAGGGGCGCGAGAGUGUUGUUGAUAUCCACGAAGGUGGAGAGGCUGAGAUGAAUUUUGAAUUUUGGGGAACCCCGCCUUUUGAAUUCACGUACACACGAACGUCGAAUCCUAGGAAAGGAGAAAAACCCGAGGUCCUCGACAUCAAGCACGACGUGUCUUAUGACCACAAAAAGACGAUCAAAAUCUCCGAUGAAGGCACCUACGAAGUUGUCUCGAUCAAGGAUAAAUACUGCUCGUUUUCGACGCAGAAACUGCCAGGAAAAGUUACGAAGCAGGCAAAAGCUUUGCAAAAUUGA